UUAUUAUUCCAAACUUGACUGAGUCUCUAGGCCAGCAGGUAAAGAAGGGCAGUCACCCUUCCAUCAUAAUCAUCCUAUAUCAUCAAUAGAUGAUAACAGCCAGCCGGCUACCCACACAGUGACGGCUGCGCGGGAACCUCGAAGAAGUUUAAUACCUGCCGGGUGGACUUCGCGGGAGAAAUACAUUAAUUGGCGCUCAACUAGUGGUAUUUAGUUACCCUACCGGACGUGGAAAUAUUAAAUAAAAGUGACGGCGGCGUGGGAGAAACGCAGCCAAAGAAAAAUCAACACACACAAUUUACAAAAAAUAGAAGAAAAAUGAAUUGGUCAUGGAAUCCAGAGAACACGCGGCGCCUUAUACGGAUGGUCGCCGCCUACCCAGAGAUAUGGGACCCCGAGACUCCCGAUCGGCAUUAUCUGCGCAAACUGGCAUGGUCCGAAAUAGUCACAUCGAUGCAACUCCCGAUGACAAAGUGCAAGCAUAAGUGGAAGGACCUUCGCCGUGAACUUAUGAAAAGUUUCACCCACUGGCCGUACUUGGAGGAUAUGGCCUUCAUGAGGCCUGUUUUACAGGAUCCGGAACCUGCACUGUUGAGCGACGUUUCCGAUGAUGAAGAUGAAGAGACUAUUGUGAGCGAAACUAUUGUGCAACGCAAUGACCAAGGAAAUUGCAACUAUUGGGAAAAGGCAGGAAAUGUCAUCGCAAAAUUUGUGUAUAUUCUCGAAAACGUAUUAAAGCUGCAAGCUUUCUUCAGAAAUGUAGAAUUAUUCUUUAGCUGGGUAGCCUUUUUUUUUGAAUUAAUCAAAAACGGUGUAGGACAUUUAAACAUGACUAACACAAGAUGAUGGGAUGGGAUGACUUUCAGUCGUACAGAGUAAUGUUUUCUGAUCGCGGUCAACUUGGUGGCCGCCAGUGCGAUCUCUGUUUUCGAAUGAUUGCAAGUUGACACACAGCCUCCUCGUGGAAACCUCCUGGGUAGC